AUGCUUUGGAGCUCGUCGGAAGAAGCGCCAUGGGCGGCGCUAUGGGCACGUUAUGACGACGUGUUGCAGUCAUUGCAGAUAAGCGAGCUGACGGAAUUGGAUGCUUGGUAUCUGACCUCUUUUCCAUCGAUUCUGCGGACACGUGAACCUAAGCCGUUUAUAACAAAUAAGGAGCUACAACGACUUAUGAAAUGGAAGCUUAAAAAGGGCAAGUGGCGACCACAGUUGAUGAAGUUUGUCAUGGGACUGAGUGAAAAGGAGGUGACGAAAGCGUCAUUGAAAGCAUUUCAAGAGCUUAAGAUUGGGGAUUUACGGUCUGCUUUAGAUGCACUCUGUGUGCUCAAAGGGGUGGGACCUGCCACAGCGUCAGCGGUGAUGGCAGCAUACGAUGAGAGUGUGCCGUUCAUGGCAGACGAAGCGUUGGAGGCGAUCGCUGGAAUUAUUGGUCCUCGGAAGUACACACUCCCGCACUUUCUGAGCUUCGUGGACGCGUUACGCGCGAAGACAAGAUGGCUGAAUGAACAACGAGCUGCAAACGACAACGAGAUAGCCGGAGCCACCGAAGUGUGGACGGCACAGCGUGUGCAGUUGUGUCUUUAUGCGGAAGCGUACGACGGAAGAUCCACUUCUACUACCACGAAGACGGCUGCAAAGCGGAAGCGACGUAACGUUGUGACGACAUUACCUCUUGCUGAGAAAAAGGUGGGGAAGGUGCAAGAAGAUGACGCAAAAGAUCAAUCAUUGCGAAAAUCAUCGAGAAAGCGACAACGACCAGCGAGCUGA